AUGAAUUUAAACAUUUCAACUCUUAGUAAAUAUGUAUGGAAAACACAAGCAGUUCCUGGUUUUGGUUUUCAACAAGUAAGGAAUAAAUGGGCAAAUUGCCUAAUGAUAAGGGAUGUAAAGAGACGACGCAUGAGCGCUGAACAUUUCCUGGAACGUAGUAGGAUUAAUGCUUUAAGAAAGAAUGAUGUUUUACCGUUGGAAAUCAGAGAAAUUGCAGAUAAGGAAAUUAAUAAAUUUGAGAUGAAUGCAAUACCACUCCGCAUUAAUAACAGAUGUGUUAUUACAUCAAGGCCUCGUGGUAUUGUAAAAGAUUGGAGAAUGAGCAGAAUAAUAUGGAGACAUUUGGCUGAUUAUAAUAAGCUUUCUGGAGUUCAGAGAGCCAUGUGGGGC